GUGCUUGUGGGUAACGAAGAGGUGAAGCAGCAGAAGAAUGCUCCGUUCAACUGCAUUCCCGCCACCGUACAAUUCUGCGCCAGUUACCUCUCGCGCCCACACGUGUCACUCUCUGCCACCCGCACGUGCCCUUCAUUCUCGCUCUUCUUUCGUUUCGCGCCUCGUCUUCCCACAAUUCCGGCCACCCCGCGUGAACCUUUCCGGCGGCGGAUUCGUCACCUCCACCGCGAAGAGGCAAUGGCGCGGCGGCGCUGAACGCGCGGGAGCGGACGACGGUUUCGGCGAGGACGAUGAUGAUUUUGGUGAUGAAUACGACGACGAAGAAGAAGAAUUUGAUGAUGAUGAUAGUGAUGAUGAUGAGGGGAUGCUUCCGCUGGAGAAGAUGAAUAAAUGGUUUGAGAAGAAACCGAAGGGCUUUGGUGAAGGGAAAGUGUACGACACUUCGGUUGAGGAUAAGCUGCUCGAGGAAAUGCGCCAGAGUAGAAUAGCUCAGGCUGAGAACUUGAAGAGGCUUAAGAGUAACCCUGUGAAGCAUGCUUCCAACGAAAGAACUCAAAAGAAGAAAGAUGAAGAACUUGUUCGAAUUGGAAGUCGAGUGCGCUUGGUGAACCUACCAAAGAAAAAGAACAUCCAUAAAGAUCUGAAAUCAGCUUUGCAAGGGAUUCCAGGCAUAAUUAAUAUAGUCCCGGCUGUUACUGGAAACAAGAAGACAAGGGACCCAAUCUGCAAGGGUUUUGCUUUUGUUGAUUUCAAGCAUGAAAAGGAUGCGGCUAGGUUUGUAGAGUUAUACACGGGACAAACUAUUACCUUUGGUAAAAUUCAGAAGCAGAUAAAAUGUGAGCUUGUAAAUGUACAUUCUUCAUCUUCUUCUCUAAAAUCAAGCGAAAACCUUAGUGCUGCUCCGAAACUUGAGGCCGCUGCCUUUGAAGAAGAUUCAAAUGAGGAUUCCAAUAUGGAUGAUUCUGCCCCAACUUCCUGGGAUGAGACCAAUUCAGAUGAUUUGAAUGACCUGGCCUAUCAGAUAGAUGGAGAAGAACAGGAAGAUGAUGAGGAUAAUCGAAAGUCUGUCACUGCUUUGAGAGUGGAUGGUGAUGAUAGUGCGGAAAUGAGGAUCGGUCCUGAAAUUAUUUCGCUUCCGUCAGACCAGGUUGACAGAAACCCCGCUUCUGAAAAGUCAUUUGCCAAAGAUAAACAGGAAAAUGGCCGUAAAGAAAAACCAACUUCGAAAGAGAAAGCCAAAAAAGUUUUAGGUGUUCCCGGAUCUGCAAGAAGGUUAAAGAUUAGGGAGAAGGCUGUAUUAAGUGAUGUUUUCUCCAAGUACGGAUUGAAAGCUACACUUGCAUCAAAAGAUAGUUAGUAAAUUGCCAUGAGAUGAGAUUGCCGAAGUCUGUAUCAUCACACAGCAAGUAAUGUCUAAAAACUAAAAGGUCACAUUACAUGCAAUGGGACUUUUUAGUUGGCCAUGGAUGCCGGUUUUUGAUUUAGUGUAUAAUCAAACUGUAGCAUAGGAGUAUUGUCGAUAAAUUGAUUAUCCUAUAUUAUUAUUUUUAUGAAUGACAAUAUUUUUUUCGUAGUAUUUCAAUGCAUGGAAUGAUUGGGUGGGAAUUGAGAGGUUUA